AUGGCCCUCAAGUCGCCUCUGAUCAUCAGCACCGAAGUCCCCAAGAUCCGCGAGUUGUCGCCGAGGAUAAUCCCGCUGAACGAGGACAUCACCACCGUGUCACAAAACGAGAGGGGCGAUGCAGUGUGGUAUCUUCCGGGGCUUUCAACCGAGGGAGCAGUGCAGGUCUGGGAGGGCGGAGGCGGUCGAGUCGGGAACGUUUCGGCAUGUUGUUCUGGUCCUGGACUAUGGGCAGAACGCUGA